UUAGCCGUUAACACUUCGUACUUAAACAUCAUCUCUAUACCGAACAAAGAUAGAGAGAGAGAGAGAGAGAAACAGAGCAACAAUGGCGAAAGUAAAUCGCUCCAACAUUGGUCUCUCACUGUUAUUAUCGUUGUUGCUCUGCAGCUUUAUCCCCGAUCUUGAAGCUUCUUCACAUAAAGAUCUCAACCAACCGUACCGGACCGGUUAUCACUUUCAACCUCCUAGCAAUUGGAUGAACGAUCCUAAUGGGCCAAUGAUAUACAAAGGAAUAUAUCAUUUAUUUUACCAAUAUAACCCAUACGGUGCUGUUUGGGAUGUAAGAAUCGUCUGGGGACACUCCACGUCAGUUGACUUAGUCAACUGGACUCCACAGCCUCCAGCUUUCAGUCCAUCUCAGCCGUCAGAUAUCAACGGCUGUUGGUCAGGCUCGGUCACGAUUCUCCCCAACGGCAAACCUGUUAUCCUCUACACCGGCAUUGACCUUAACAAGAGUCAAGUUCAAAACGUCGCCGUUCCGGUUAACGUCUCUGAUCCGUAUCUCCGGGAAUGGUCUAAACCUCCGCUAAACCCUCUUAUGGCGCCUAACUCGGUCAACGGAAUCGACCCGGACCGGUUUCGAGAUCCAACCACCGCGUGGCUCGGACUUGACGGAGAAUGGCGAGUCAUCGUCGGAAGCUCGACGGACGAUCGUCGAGGGUUAGUGAUUCUUUACAAAAGCAGAGAUUUCUUGAAUUGGACGCAAUCGACGACACCUUUGCAUUACGAAGACUUAACCGGAAUGUGGGAAUGUCCUGAUUUUUUCCCGGUUUCGAUAACCGGAUCGGACGGUGUUGAAACGUCGUCAGUUGUUCAGAAUGAUGUUAAGUACGUGCUUAAAGUGAGUCUGAUUGAGACAUUACAUGACUAUUACACGAUUGGGAGUUACGACCGUGAGAAAGACGUGUAUGUGCCUGAUCUUGGGUUUGUGCAAGAUCGAUCAGCUCCGAGGUUAGACUACGGGAAAUAUUACGCGUCAAAAACGUUUUACGAUGAUGUUAAGAAACGAAGGAUCUUGUGGGGUUGGGUUAAUGAAUCUUCUCCGGCUAAGGAUGAUAUUGAGAAGGGUUGGGCUGGUCUUCAGUCAUUUCCGAGGAAGAUAUGGCUCGAUGAAUCGGGAAAAGAAUUAUUACAAUGGCCGAUUGAAGAGAUUGAUACAUUGCGUGGGACACAAGUCAGCUGGCAAAACAAAGUUCUUGAAGCAGGAUCUACUGUCCAAAUUCAUGGUGUCACUGCUGCACAGGCAGAUGUUGAGGUAUCGUUCAAGGUAAAUGAAUUGGAGAAAGCGGAUGUGAUUGAUCCGAGUUGGACCGACCCACAAAAGAUAUGUAGGGAGGAAGAUUUGUCGGUUAAGUCCCGUGUAGGACCAUUUGGUUUGAUGGUUUUGACAUCCAGUGACAUGGAAGAGUACACGUCGGUUUACUUCAGAAUCUUCAAGUCAAAUGAUAGUAAUAAGCAUACUAAGUAUGUGGUGUUGAUGUGCAGUGACCAGAGCAGAUCUUCGUUGAAUGAGGAAAAUGAUAAAUCCACGUUUGGUGCUUUUGUGGGGAUAGACCCUUCUCAGCAGACACUUUCUCUUAGAACUUUGAUUGAUCACUCGAUAGUGGAGAGUUACGGUGGAGGAGGCAGAACAUGUAUAACCUCAAGAGUGUAUCCAAAGUUGGCAAUUGGAGAAAAUGCAAAUCUUUUUGCCUUCAACAAAGGAAGCGAAAGUGUUGAUGUCUUGAGCCUAAGUGCUUGGAGCUUGAAGUCUGCUCAAAUCAAUGACGAGUCGAUUUCACCAUUUAUUGAGCGUGAAGAUUCACACUCACCUAAACAGUCAUGAGUGCAUAUAUAUAGUACUACAUUACAUUGUACGGGGACACCAUAAUAAAAUAAGAGACCACACACAUAUUUGUGAUAUCAAUAUUCUUGAACAUUUUACUAUUCAAUUCAAACUUUGAAGAUUUUUUUUUC